AUGGGAGCUCCGGAAAAUCCCGAGCUGCACACCUAUGACGGAGAGUAUCGCGGUACUCCCUCAAAAGGAGAUGUACUUAUACCAGACUUUUCCUACCGUGGACCACCUACAACUACCACAUACAUUGAUAGAUGCGUAACUAAAUUCAUCACAGCCCUACUUUGGUUCUGGGUCACUUACCACAUGUACUACCAUUCAGGGCAUAUAUUUGGACAUUGGUACAUGCCAUAUCUGCAUGAAUUUUCCGAUGAAGAAUUGGGCAUAGCUCCUGAUUCCGAAGAAGAUCCGGAAUAUUGGGGUAAUCACGGAAAGAAGUAUGGAACGUACCGUUAA